AUGACCGCUGGUAGCGCCAUGGAGGAAGAGAUCAAGGGGCAGCCAUCGCGUCGACCGUCACGCGAAGCGAGCCCCGACGUCACAUUAGAGAAGUCGUCAAGCACGCUCCCACUUCACUCGUCAGGCUCGCUUCGUCCGAGCAACUUCAAGGUGCUCGGCAAACUCGGAUUUGUCCCUGGUUGGGAAGGUCUGCGAGGCUUGGCCGUGUCCAUGGUCAUGUACUCGCACGUCGCAUUGCACAAGGAGAUGAUCGGCACCAUGGGUGUGGGCAUCUUCUUUGUCCUCUCCGGUUUCCUCAUCACGGGCGUGCUCGUCUCGCUCAUCGAAAAGUACGAUCAAGCAAGGCAACAAGCGUCGGGCACAUCUGAAAAGGUAUCCUUGGGCGAGCGCUUGUCGUAUCUGCCGCGAUUCUACUUGGAUCGAUUCGUACGCCUGACGCCUGCCAUGGCCCUCAUGGUGGUUAUCGUUACGUAUCAGUGCCGCUUCUACCCCACCAUUCGCGCCGACGCAUUCGCGGCGUUCUUUUAUGUGCACAACUUCUUGCCCAAGCAGGUGGACGAGCCAAGACUCAUGUUCCCUGGCAUGUUCGAGCACACCUGGUCGCUCGCGGUCGAGGAGCAGUUCUACAUUUUCUGGUCGUUGGUCAUUGCCUUUAUCGUACCGCUUUCGCAGCGUCGAAGGGCUAUGGCUCUGGGCGCGCUCAUCUCGGUGAGCUUCUUCGUUCGACACUACAGCGGCUACGCUUUCCUCAGUGACCACAUGUACGGCAUCGACUAUCGCUACGCCUACACCGCCAACGCCUUCAAGAUGUUUAUCGGAUGCGCCGGCCGUCUGCUGCCGAUGCCCACCCUCUGGACCAAAAAGUGGUUUGGGUUCGUCAGCACCGUGACGUUGCUGUUGGGCGUCUACUUUUGGGGAUGGACGCUGAUCUCGUGGGGCUACGAUUAUCGCACCGAGGGCGCGUGGCUGGAGCUGUGGACCUCGAUCUUGGUCUUGAUGGUGGUGAUCGGCAGCGUCAACGGCAACGUGAUCCUCGAGUCACAGAUUUUGCGAUUCCCAGGACGCAUCUCGUACUCGUGGUACCUCUGGCAGUUCCCGUGCCACGCCAUGGUGGGAUGGCCUGCCAACAACUACGGACCCACGGGCCUCGCAUUCGCCAUUGCGACUUUCACAACCUUUGUGAUUGAAGAGCCCAUCAGGAACCGGUAUCACGUUUGGAGGAACGCCAGAGCUGCGUCACAAGAAGACAAGCCUCAUACUCGACGCCAGGAAUGA